UCCUCUCCCCCUCUUUCCUCCCCCUUUCUCUCUAGAACUAGAAAGAAAAAAAAAAAUUCCCAUUUUCUAUUUGUCUCCUCUCCCUUCUCCUCCUCAAAGUCAUGGCUUUGUUUUGAUUUCUUGAAAAUCAAUCAAUCAAAUCAGUCAUGAGACCGAUUCAACCCCAGCCGCCGCCGUCGGCCUCCCCAACCACCGCCAGAAAGCAACGCCGCCGUCCCGACCUAACCCUUCCUCUUCCCCAGCGAGACCCAGCUCUCGCCGUCCCCCUUCCCCUUCCGCCGACCUCCGCUCCUUCGUCGUCGUCUCAUCACGAUCACCCAAACAGCAUCAACGAAAACAACAACAGCAACAGCAGCAGCAGCAACAGCUACAGCAACAGAAGUAAUCAGCUCAUCCACUUCUCGGAGCUGGAGCGGGUGAGCCGCGUCGGGAGCGGCACGGGCGGCACGGUCUACAAAGUGAUCCACAAGCCCACGGGGCGGUCCUACGCGCUCAAGGUGAUCUACGGCAACCACGAGGAGUCGGUCCGCCGCCAGAUCUGCCGAGAGAUCGAGAUCCUUCGCGAUGUCGACAACCCUAACGUCGUCAAGUGCCACGACAUGUUCGACCACAACGGCGAAAUCCAGGUCCUCCUCGAGUUCAUGGACAGAGGAUCCCUCGAGGGACAUAAGAUCCCGCGGGAGCAGGACCUCGCCGACCUCGCUCGCCAGACUCUCCGUGGCCUCGCCUACCUCCAUAGCCGCCGCAUCGUUCAUCGCGACAUCAAGCCGUCGAAUCUCCUAAUCAACGCUCGGAAGCAGGUCAAGAUCGCUGAUUUCGGAGUCAGCCGGAUCUUGGAACAGACCAUGGACCCUUGCAAUUCUUCGGUCGGGACCAUCGCCUACAUGAGUCCCGAGAGGAUCAACACCGAUCUCAACCACGGCCAGUACGACGGCUACGCCGGCGACAUUUGGAGCCUCGGCGUGAGCAUCCUCGAGUUUUAUCUCGGCAGAUUCCCGUUCGGCGUCGGGAGAGGGGGCGAUUGGGCCAGCCUGAUGAUCGCCAUCUGCAUGACGCAGCCGCCGGAGGCUCCCGCCACCGCGUCAAGAGAGUUCCGAAACUUCAUCGCGUGUUGCCUCCAGAGAGAACCGGGGAGGCGGUGGACGGCGUCGAGGCUUCUCGGGCAUCCUUUCAUCACGCAAAACGGCGCAGGACAGAACCAGGUGCACAACAAUGUCCAUCAACUUCUACCUCCUCCGCGCCCACUUCCUUCCUAGCCUAGCUUACUAGGUUUUCUAGUCCCAUUUGUUUUUUUUUUUUUGUUUUUUUUCUUUUUCCUUUUGCCCCUAUUACUUUGUCAAAUUAAUUUUCCUUCUUUGCUUAUUUUUAACGAUGAUAGUAAUGAUUUUGUGUAAUUUUUGA